AUGGCUUCCGCCUUUCGAGCCUUGCCUGUGACGGCAGGCCCUAUAUCAGCAUCAUGUCGAUUGACCUUGCGACACAGUAGCGCCAUUGCCCCUUUCCUCUGUCCUGUCGGCCAACAACAAGUGCGAACGGCCAUGAGCAAUUCAAAGGGAAAGAAAAACAAGAAGGAGCCCACGAAGAAGAAAGCAAAGGGUUCCCGAGAUUACCAACAGAAGGAUUUGAGUCUCAUUGACCAAUAUGCAUUGUGCGAUGCGAUGAGAUACAUCCGUGCUUUUGAAGUCGGCCGCGAUCGUGAGCGAUCAAAAUACGAAAUUCAUAUUCGACUUAAAUCAAGAAAGGACGGUCCAGUCAUCCGUAACAUGGUCCGAUUCCCUCACGCCGUGCAGACCGAGUCCAGAAUCUGUGUUAUUGCGCCUCCCGGAUCAAAAGCCGCAAAAGACGCUCUAGAAGCCGGUGCUUCGAUUGUUGGUGAUCAGGAAAUUUUUGAAAACAUCAAGAAAGGAAUCAUUGAAUUCGAACGGUGUAUAUGUCACACGGACAGCCUUGAUGCUUUGAACAAAGCUGGUUUGGGUCGAAUUCUUGGUCCCCGAGGACUGAUGCCUAGUGUCAAGACUGGCACUGUCGUGGAUGACGUUGGUAUCAGAGUACAAAUGCUUCGAGGUGGUACCGUUUACCGUGAGCGAGACGCAGUGAUCCGAAUGCCAAUUGGACAGUUGGGCUUUUCGCCGGAGCAACUACGUGACAAUCUGCGCGCCGCCUUGGAACAGAUCAAGAAAGAUGCCACUCAAUUGAGUGACCGUGUCCCAAAGGAGGUUUAUGAAAUUGUUUUGAGCUCAACCCAUGGCCCCGGCUUCAGUCUCAACGGAGACUUCAAAUCCGACAGCUCCCCCGAACCGGCAUACUUGGCUGGAUUGUAA